AUGUGGGACGGGCAAUCACACCUAUCCCAAUUUCCACAAGCGAUAGGACGAGAUUUAGCAAUCCCAACCGAAAACCCCUCGCGUCGCUCAACUUGCUGCGCACGUCGGUACACGCGAAAAGCUCCGCCUCGUUUCCCCUUCCUCACCUCGGCGAGGACUCCUCGAUUUUCCUCUGUCGUCGCAUUUGGUGGCUUCUGGCGGCAUUUAUCCGACUCGCAGUCGGUCGAAUUUGACAUUCGCCGAAUUGAGAUAGUCGUUAACGGCCGAGAUCCUUUACCUCUUGCGCUUCGAUCAUUUCCGGUCACGGUCAGGUUUAGGAUUAACGAGUUAUCCAUUACUUUGGGUGGUAGCUUGAUAAUGGUUCCAGUGUCGUCGGUUCCUUUUGAAGUUCUGGGGCUGUCUCAUUGCUUGUUGGAAGUCAGCUCAGAGUCAGAUAUGAGCUCCCAAACCAGAAGCGAUAGAAGGGACAGGUCUAGAUUACCCUCUCAAACCGUGCGCCAGACUUGGGUUCCCAGAGGACAUGCCCCCUCCACAGUUUCCUUAAAUCUACCUCCUCCGACUUCCAUUUCCAAUGUCGAUGAAAGAGGCACCAGUCAUUCAACCGUCCCUGAAUCAAGACACAGAGGCACCAGUCAUUCAGCUGUCCCGGAUCCAAGACCCAGAGGCACCAGUAAUUAUGUUGCUCCUCAACCCAGACCCAGAGGCAUCAUUAAUUCUUCUCGGAAUAACGUGGGUUGCCCCACAAACCACAGGAGGGAUAAGGAAAGGGAGAAGGGUCAGCCACAAACAUUGAAAGAGUUGAAGGAUGCAAAUAUGCCACAACUGGUGCAAGAAAUUCAGGAGAAACUUGCAAAGAGCACUGUUGAGUGUAUGAUUUGUUAUGAUAUGGUGCGAAGGUCUGCUCCUAUUUGGUCUUGUUCCAGCUGUUACUCCAUUUUUCAUCUCAAUUGUAUCAAGAGAUGGGCUAAGGCUCCUACUUCCGUCGACUUGUCUGCCGAUAAAAACCAGGGUUUUAACUGGCGCUGCCCGGGCUGCCAGUACGUGCAACUGACACCAUUGAAAGAGAUUCGUUAUGUUUGCUUUUGUGGGAAAAGAACAGAUCCACCCUCUGAUUUGUACUUGACUCCUCAUUCAUGUGGUGAGCCAUGUGGGAAGCCCCUCGAGAAGCAUUUGCCAGGCACCAACCUAGAGAGUAAUGAUGAGGAUUCUUGCCCUCAUGUCUGUGUGUUGCAGUGCCAUCCAGGUCCAUGCCCACCUUGCAAAUCAUUUGCUCCACAACGCUUGUGCCCUUGUGGGAAGAGCACCAUCACCACUAGGUGCUCUGAACGUCAAUCUGUUCUCACAUGUGGUCAGCAAUGUGAUAAGCUUCUCGAUUGUCAGCGUCAUCGUUGUGAAAGGAUUUGCCAUCUUGGUCCUUGUGAUCCGUGCGAAAUUCCGGUUACAGCUUCAUGUUUUUGUAAGAAAAAAGAGGAGGAUAUAUUAUGCGGAGACAUGUCUGUGAAGGGAGAGGUGAAUGUUGAAGAAGGUGUCUUUUCUUGCAAUUUCAUGUGUGGGAAGAUGCUUGCUUGUGCUAACCAUGAAUGUACUGAAGUAUGUCAUCCAGGUCCUUGUGGAGAUUGUGAUUUGAUGCCAGGAAGGGUCAAGUCUUGUUAUUGUGGGAAGGCGAGCUUGGUGGAGGAAAGGAAGUGUUGUUUGGACCGGAUCCCUAACUGUAUGCAGGUUUGUGGCAAGCUUCUUCGCUGUGGGGUUCACAACUGUACGGACCUGUGCCAUUCUGGAGAUUGCCCUCCUUGUAUGGUCAAUGUCACCCAAAAUUGUUGUUGUGGAUCAACAUCAAGAACUGUGGCCUGCUAUAAAAAAAGUGAUAUCAAUGAACAGUUCAAGUGUGACAAGCCUUGUGGACGAAAGAAGAAUUGCGGGAGACAUCGGUGUAGUGAACGUUGCUGCCCUCUUUCUAAUAACUCAACUACUUCUUUCUCUGAAGACUGGAAUCCGCACUUAUGCCAAAUGGCCUGUGGCAAGAAGUUGAGGUGUGGCCUGCAUUCUUGUGAGUCGCUAUGUCACAGUGGUCAUUGCCCUCCUUGUCUCGAGACAAUCUUUGUUGAUCUGAGCUGUGCAUGUGGAAGGACUUCAAUCCCUCCCCCCUUGCCCUGUGGUACACCACUACCAUCAUGUCAACUCCCCUGUUCGGUUCCUCGGCUUUGUGGUCAUGCAGCUUCUCAUAACUGCCACCAUGGAGACUGUCCGCCUUGUUCUGUCCCUAUUGCAAAGGAGUGUGUUGGUGGACAUGUGGUUCUCAAAAACAUACCUUGCGGUUCGAAAAAUAUAAGGUGCAACAAGCUCUGUGGUAAAACUAGGCAGUGUGGUCUUCAUGCAUGUGGGCGGACAUGUCAUCCAGCACCGUGUGACUCUUCAUCUUCCUCUGAAGUAGGAGCAGGGAGAGCUUCUUGUCGCCAGAUAUGUGGGGCCCCCAGAAGGGACUGCAGGCAUACUUGUGCUGCACUUUGUCAUCCUACUGCUCCUUGCCCCGAUGCCAGAUGUGAGUUUCCAGUCACAAUUACUUGCUCAUGUGGGAGGAUAGCAGCCAGUGUUCCUUGUGAUGCUGGAGGGACAAGUGGUGGUUUCAGUGCUGAUACAGUUUUUGAAGCUUCAAUAGCCCAGAAGCUACCAGCACCCCUUCAGCAAGUGGAAUCAGCAACUGGUAGUAAGAAGAUUCCACUUAGCCAAAGGAAGCUUACUUGUGAUGAAGAAUGUGCUAAAUCAGAACGGAAGAAGGUUCUUGCUGAUGCUUUUGACAUUAAUACCCCCAACUUGGAUGCUCUUCAUUUUGGCGAGAACUCGGCUGUUUCCGAGUUGCUUUCGGAUUUAUAUAGGCGUGAUCCAAAAUGGGUUCUUGCUGUUGAAGAGAGGUGCAAGUGCCUUGUCCUUGGUAAGAACAGGGGGGGAACUGUGAGUGGUGGUCUUAAGGUUCAUGUCUUCUGCCCGAUGCUGAAGGACAAGAGAGAUGCAAUUAGGCUGAUAGCAGAGAGGUGGAAGCUAGCAAUCAAUGUUGCUGGGUGGGAACCCAAGCGGUUUGUUGUUCUUCAUGCAACUCCCAAGUCUAGACCACCACAACGAGUGAUUUGUGUCAAAGGGGUAGCUACUGCCACGAGUCUGCACCCACCUGCUUUUGAUGCCCUUGUUGACAUGGAUCCCAGGCUUGUUGUUUCUUUCCUUGAUUUGCCUAGGGAGUCGGACAUAAGCUCUUUGGUGCUUAGAUUUGGUGGGGAGUGUGAGCUGAUAUGGUUGAAUGAUAAGAAUGCAUUGGCGGUUUUCAACGAUCCUGCUCGCGCAGCAACUGCCCUUAGGAGGUUGGAUCAUGCAUCUGCUUAUCAUGGUGUCGUUGUGAUUCUUCAGAACAGUGGUGCAACAGCUAAUGCAUGGAGUACCCCCAAAGAUGGAGUGACUGCAGCAUUGAAGGGAAAUAAUGCAUGGAAAAAGGCUGUUGGUGAAGAUGUUUGGGGUGGUGAAGAGCAGCCUAGUGGAUCCAGUGAUUCUUCUCCUUGGAAACAAAAGGAAGUAGCUUCUGCAAUUACUGCAUCGGUUAAUCGCUGGAGCAUUCUAGACACUGUGACGGCUUCCAGCACUGCUGCUGCUGCUUCAUCGGUGGUUAGAAGUGAGGUCCGAGGUGGGGCUCUUCUUGAUUCAGUAGUAAUAAGGCCAUCAUCCGAGCAGUUGGAAGUGGCAGAUGACUGGGAGAAAGCUUUUGACUUGGAGAACAAUAUGCAACAGGGGUAAACGCCCAAUCUAGUUUGUGAUUCAUCGGGGAUCUUGGUCCUUUAGAAUCGAUACAGGGGUUUACUGGUCAUAUCCUGCCUGCUUACUUUCCGUUGAUAAUCUUGGUUCGCUAGCCUUGCUAUUCACUUAGUCGAGUUAAGUUUUGUAUCAGAAUGCUCAACGUUCUAUUGAGAACGUAGAGAGACGUAGACUUGAGUUCAUUGGCUUCCAGCCAUGUAUGUAGUAACAGAAGGCCUUGGGAAGAGGCGAGGUUUCUGAUUUCUGUAUUCCACUAAAGCUUUAGGUGGAGAUAUUUUCUGCUUCCUUUUUCUGGAAGCAGCAUUGUGAAAUUGGGAAGCAAAUGUGAUAAUGAUCAAAGAUGAAAUAUGAACUCUUAUUUAGCCUUUAUUAAGGCAGAUAGCAAAUGUGAAAUAUUUUCCCCAUUCAACUCAUGCUUACUAGUGUGAUUGAUGGGCCUCAGUAAGUAUUUAAUGCCAUAUGCUUCAUAUGGUUAUUAUGGGUCAUCUAAAGCAUGUGUUUGUUACUUCUUUAGGUUUCCUAGAGUCUCUUUGAGCUGAUAAAUAUAUUGAAGAUCACUUUUGUACC